AUUGUUUCGUUGUCACUCUUUUGAACUCAGCAUUUCUGCUUGACAAUUCUCUCCUUGUCUGACUGUACACGAUGUCCUCAGGCGUAGUGGACGGGAACGUGGGCUGAAAGGCUUGAAACGCCUUAGUCUGAUUCCCGAGGCGCUUAAUGGACAUCCUCCUGCUAGUCCUCGCAUCAGCGAGAAUGCUCCUUCCCCCUCCCCUCCCCACAGCAAGCGCAUGGGUCCAAAGCGCACAUCCUCUAUAUGUUAUAUUUCUCCUAGCUCUCCGGUAGUUUCGAGCUUUUUGCGCUCGCCACCACCAUCCGUCAUUCGUGAAGCCAAUGAAACUUCGAGUGUCGAUCAUUCACGUUCCUUGCCAUUGCGACGCACCGCAUCAUUACCCCGUCAUUCAAUUACCCAUCACACGUCUCCUGGGAACUCAAACUUAAUAGUGGAGGCGCAAACCCCUCCACCGAUGACUCUUGUAGAAAAGCAUGCCGACCUUCUUUCAUUCAUUGCACAGAAAGAGUCCAAGUGUCUCGAGUUAAGGGGGCAAUUAGCAACUCAUGAAGCUGAACUCGCUACUCUCAAACGCAAAUGGGAGCGGAUUGUAAAACGUUCCACCGCUUCAAAGUCUGCUGGAUUGGCACCAACUGCUGGAGAAGUUGUUGGUGUCAUUCGAGAUGGAGUCCAAGGUCUUGGCAGGAUGCUUGUAAUGGGAGGUUUGGGGUCAUCGACCAUGAGCCCUACAUCAAAUUCCUCUUCUAUGGCGAAGUCUCAUGUGGAAACAGUUGUUGGAACAACUGGUUCUCGCUCAUCAUCUCUUUCAUCAAUAGCAGUCACGUCCUCAACCGCCACAGAUCGAUCAUCCGUGUCUUCUGUAACAUCCCUUUCGCCCUCUGAUAGUGAAGGGGAACCCCCCAUACCAAGAAAGAACGUCACAGAAGUCGGUGGACUUACUCCAACCUCUGCUCAAUUUCCUAUCGAUGAAAGCGCCUCGAAUAAUACAAAGGAUAUCUUGGAGCCAGUUGUAUCCGAAGUAACGAGCACCGCUAGACCGCCAUCAUUGCUAUUCAACACGCUCUUUGCUGAUUCAAAAGACCCGAGGACCUCUAGUCCUGCGAGGGACCUGGGAGAACGAGUAACCGAGAAGACCUUGACCUCCCUAUCCUCUGCCUCAUCUCCAUGGUCCGGUAUCAACAAGAAAUGGGAAGAAAUACAGAAGACCGAUUCACUAAGUCAUCCAAGAGAGCAUCUUUGCUGCUCAGCGACGUAACGAGCGCGUCUUCGAAUUUUCUCGAAAGCAUCUCUUCAGCUCUUACCCCCAUCCCCUCAUCUACCCACUCCACCUCUUCAGCUAGCCUCUCCACACGUUCAAAAAACCAUCCAAACACCAAACACUUCCAGCUUGUUCCCAUGAAUGCCCCGGAUCGUUCUCACCCGAAAGUCACAGGACCUCCUUCAAUAUUGGAUGAAGAAGAUGAGGA